UGCUGGCGAACUGGGGCUGGGAGCCACCCGGCUGCUCCCGGGAAAAUGUCGCUUCCCACAGGGCAGCAGGUGCAGAAGGACGCUGUGCCGGGAGCUGAGGAUGUGUCUCCUCCCUCCACAUCGCUCCCGCUGCUUCCCGUACGAAUUUAGCACUUGCUUCUUGCCAAGUUUUGCGUUCUGCAGUAGCUCUUCUGGAUCGCUUGCCUUCCUUGCACCAACCCUAUGGCGCCGUAUCCAUGUCUCAGGCCGUGCAGACCAACGGGACACAGCCUCUGAGCAAGACCUGGGAACUCAGUCUGUACGAGCUGCAGAGAACACCCCAGGAAGCCAUCACAGAUGGCCUGGAGAUCGUGGUGUCCCCCCGGAGCCUGCACAGCGAGCUCAUGUGUCCCAUCUGCCUGGACAUGCUCAAGAACACCAUGACCACCAAGGAGUGUCUGCAUCGCUUCUGCGCCGACUGCAUCAUCACUGCCCUCAGGAGCGGGAACAAAGAAUGUCCCACAUGUCGCAAAAAGCUCGUUUCCAAAAGAUCCCUGCGGCCAGACCCCAAUUUCGACGCUCUCAUCAGUAAGAUUUACCCCAGCCGGGAUGAGUACGAGGCUCAUCAGGAGAGGGUGCUGGCCAGGAUCAGCAAGCACAACAACCAGCAAGCCCUGAGUCACAGCAUCGAGGAGGGAUUAAAGAUUCAGGCUAUGAACAGGUUGCAGCGGGGCAAGAAGCAGCAGAUUGAGAAUGGCAGCGGGGCCGAGGACAACGGUGACAGCUCCCACUGCAGCAAUGCCUCCACACACAGCAACCAGGAAGCUGGGCCCAGCAACAAGAGGACCAAAACUUCAGAUGACUCUGGGCUGGAGCUGGACAACAACACCACCACUGUGGCCAUAGAUCCCGUGAUGGACGGGGCCAGUGAGAUCGAGCUGGUGUUCAGGCCUCACCCCACCCUCAUGGAGAACGAUGACAGUGCACAGACAAGGUACAUCAAGACCUCGGGCAAUGCUACAGUUGAUCACCUGUCCAAGUACCUGGCAGUGAGGCUGGCCUUGGAGGAGCUGCGGAGCAAAGGCGAGUCCAACCAGAUGAACCUGGACACGGCCAGUGAGAAGCAGUACACCAUCUACAUCGCCACCGCUGCCGGCCAGUUCACCGUGCUAAAUGGGUCCUUUUCCCUGGAACUGGUCAGUGAGAAGUACUGGAAAGUGAACAAACCCAUGGAACUGUACUAUGCUCCCACCAAGGAGCACAAAUAAGUGCUGGGAAACUGGGAUAGAACUAACUCUUUUUAUAGCUAUGACUUCUUUAAUAUUAAAAUAAGGCACCACCAGUAUCUUCAUGGACAGCACACAUGGUGCCUUCAGGCACUCUACUCAGUAAUAUGACUAGACAGUAUUCUGGGCUGUAUUUAAUUUAGUCUUUGGGUUGGGUUUUUUGAUUUUCCCUAGGAGACUAAAUGACCUCCAGUGCAUUCCAGUGUUUGAGAUGCUUUUUUGUUCCUAAUGCAUGAUAUCUGAUCCAGUGUUCCAGUUUGGAAUGGUUUCGUUUUGUCCAGGUAAAUCUGGAUUUCUGCUCCAUCAGACACAGUUACAGUAGCCUCUGUGAAGUGUGGAGUGUUGGCUGGCCAAGGAAGUCUGUUCAAUAGUAGCAUAUGCCAAGGAAUGUGUUAAAUGUUGGAAUUUGGUGAUUGUUAUCCAUCUGAAGAAUUGAUUGGUAGAGAAUGGAUUUGGAAUAGUCUUGCAGCUAGAGGUAAUCUGAUUCCCUAGGAAAGGUUCAUUAAGACAUUCUCGUGUGAACAAAGGUGAAUUUUGCAUCUUGUGAGAGGUAUUGCUGCCCAUGGCAGGGGCUUGGACCGAGAUGGUGUUUAAGGUUCAUUCCAAGUCCAACCAUCCUGGGAUUCUGGGAUUCCAAAGAGAGCUGCAGUGAGAAAACUGACACUUUAAAACCUUGCUGUUUACUGGUUUUGUUUUUAAUGGCUAUUUCAGUCAAAAACCACCCAAACAGCCCAAACCCAUAACUCUUCCCCACGCAAGACAUGCCAGUCUUGAUUCCUGCCUGGCCCUUCCUGCAAUGUUGCCCUGUCCUCACAGCUGAACUGAAGGAAAUCUGCAUGUUUCAUAGCCCUGCUCUUUUCCCUAGAGUAGGAUCUCAGUUGUGAAUGUUCUGUAAAGAACUGUCCAGAAAACUUUUUUGUUAAAGCAAAUUCCCCAAAUUCCAGCACACAGCCAUCAAAAUGCUUUGCUUUGGGGAAUUGUACCACCCCAGCAGGGACCUUUCCCAGUGUCAGCGUGAGUAGGGAAGACUUCAGUUGUAAGCUGCUUCAAGAUUCUACUUUUGUUACUUUGCCAUAGCUUUAGCAAACAUGGCUUAGCACUUUGGAAGACAACUUCAGUACUUGACAAAGUUUACCAUUUGGUGUCUUACUUUUAGGCUCAAGUUUUCCAACUUGGCAGUGGGCUAUGCUGUAAGGCCCAGUAGCUGCUGAUCAUUUGCAUGUACAGCCCCUGUACCCUGGUUCUGGACCUUGCUGUGGCUCUGAGGGGGCAGAUUGACCUGUUCCACAUCCUGUCUGAAUGGAAGCUGUCACCACGAGGUUGGUUCCCUUUGCUCUAAGACUUGCUGAUGAACCCUCCCGUUUGCCCCUGAGGCUUGAAGCAAAAGAGUUGGUGGCAAGUGGGAAGCACCAGGCUUUACUCCACAGUGUGUGGUUUACACUCCUCCUGUGUCCUGCCUGGACUCCCACUGGCUUUGGCAUGUGAUACAAAAGUAUUCUGCUGCUCGGGAAUUCUCCUGGGAAGGACUUGCCCUUCCCUGGCUCUGGGCUUUCCUAGCACUUGUAAAUGGUGUCCCUGCUGGCUGCUGUUCAGAUCAUCUUUAUCCGGCUGUGGAAACUACACAGGCUUCUUUGAGUAACUUAAUUAUUUCCUCUGUCUGGAGAGCCUUGGGCUUCCGUGACAUGAAGAGUUCAGGCCCCCAGAGCACAGAGGGGCAGCUAUUAGGGACCUGUUUUUGCUGAGUUUGUGAAGCGUUGCUGUAUAGACUGUAGUGCAUGUCCAUGGACUAUAACGGGGGGUGGGGGAGUGGCUGUGCUAAAUGCUUUAAACUUACUGGGGAGAACUUCUAGAUUAGUGCCAGCAUCCCUCCUGGGGGGAGCUGAGGGGAGGGACAGUCCCUUAAGCAAGAGAGAUUGUGUGAAGCUGAGCAGUCUGUCUAGGAGCUGUCACUUUGUCUCCAGUUCUUUUGAAAAGCGUGAGAGAAUGUGAAGCUUUUAUUUUCAUGUUGUAGUGAAUUUCCUGAAUAUUUAUGUUCUUUAAAUAUUAUAUAUAUAAUGUAGUUGUUUGAUUAAACCAUUGAUUGCACUGUGACUCUUUAGUGCUAUAAACUAUUUUAUUUUCAAAAUGCCAUUAUUCUUCCCCUUUUUAAAGCCAUGUUCUUUUGUAAGUACAUAAUGUGUGUUACGUACGGGUAAGCCUAAUAUCCAACUAAAGUAUCUCCUAUCAAACUAAAGUCCCACUGAAAUGCUCAAAUUGACAAUAAAAGCAAAAAUGUUAUCAACAA